UGACAGUAUCACUUAAUUUAAAAUAAUAUAAUGUUUUAUGAGGCGUUGCUGCUUACCGUCUCAUGGGAAUUCAGUGUACGAGCUGCAUGUUUUUAUUGAUGAUUAUUAUUGUGAUUAUUGCCGGAGAUAAUGGUGUCUAUUUGAAUGCGGCGUUUCUACGGCACACUGGAGGGCACAGAGUAAUUUGCGCCUCAUGAAUAUUCAACUCAGCGUUCAUGGGCAAUCAGCCUCCACUGCGACAUGCCAUAGCGAAAGCGAAAGGGUCUGAAAUUUAUGAAGUUUUUUUAUGUUAAUUAUUUCUGUUUAUGUUUUGUGUUUCAAUGGAUUAAUUAAAGUGGGUUUCAGUAAAACUGGCUUCAGGCUGCACAAUAUAUAUAUAGAUAUUGCUUUGAGUUUUUACUCAUUUAGAUGCUCUGUAAAUGUUUGUACUGUUUCACACCUGAAGAGUUUUUGUUGUUGAAUUGGAGGCCACACCCUCAACGCCUUGUACAAGCAGGAGAUGCCACCGACUGACAGGUCCUGACGGGACUCAAUGUGAUCAAUGUGCGUCUCCUCAUAACCUCACCAAAAUCCCGAACUUUCUGUCUUAAAAUGGACACCGAAUCGUCCCAAUAGUGACCCAAAGUUCGGCGCUCGAGGUAAGCCCGAUUCUGCCGUUUCACGCGACGCUCCAGAUUGGUCUCGUGGCCCCAGCUGUUCCAGCUUCAGCCUCUAUCCUGUCUGCUGAAAGGGGCGUAAACGGGUGUCACACAGAAGUAUUUAAAAGCUAACUAAUUGAAGACGUCGUUCGACAUCUCAUCUGAACUCAAACACGGGGAAGGAAGAUUGCAGUUUCUGUUCCGGACAGAAUGGAAAUUAAGGUUUGCUCUGGGUGUGAGGCUGUCUGUCUCUGCUCUCUCCGUGUCUCCGUCCUGCUCCUGAGAUGCCCGCCCUGAGCCACCGGAACCUUCCGCGCCCCAGCCUUCCCCCCGCCCCGGCCUCCGCGCCCUCCAAUCAGCACUGAUCUGGUGGAGGCGGGGCCCCCGAUGGUCCCGCCCACGUCCGCGUCAACUGCCGCUUCUUCCUCCCCGCCCGCCUCCCGCCCCUCCCCCCAGACCGCUGCCCCCGGCCGUCGCCAUGGCGAGGCGCGCUGAUUGGCUGGCCGUGCUGUCCGUCGGCUGCUGCUGGCUCCUGGGUUGGGCGCAGCGCCCGGAGCCCCCGCCCCCCGAGCACGCCCACUCCAUCCGGCUGGACGGAGACGUGAUCCUGGGCGGGCUGUUCCCCGUGCACGCGCGGGGGGAGCGAGGCGCCCCCUGCGGGGAGCUGAAGAAGGAGAAGGGCAUCCACCGGCUGGAGGCCAUGCUGUUCGCCCUGGACCUCAUCAACAAGGACCCCGAGCUGCUGCCCAACGUCACGCUGGGCGCGCGCAUCCUGGACACCUGCUCGCGCGACACCUACGCCCUGGAGCAGUCGCUCACCUUCGUGCAGGCGCUCAUCGAGCGCGACGGCUCCGACGUGCACUGCGCCAGCGGGGACCCGCCCGUCUUCGCCAAGCCCGACAAGAUCGUGGGCGUGAUCGGGGCGGCCGCCAGCUCCGUCUCCAUCAUGGUGGCCAACAUCCUGCGCCUCUUCAAGAUCCCGCAGGUGAGCUACGCCUCCACGGCCCCGGAGCUGAGUGACAACAGCCGCUACGACUUCUUCUCCCGCGUGGUCCCGCCCGACUCCUACCAGGCCCAGGCCAUGCUGGACAUCGUCACGGCGAUGGGCUGGAACUACGUCUCCACGCUGGCCUCCGAGGGCAACUACGGAGAGAGUGGCGUGGACGCCUUCGUGCAGAUCUCCCGGGAGACCGGGGGGGUGUGUAUCGCUCAGUCUCUGAAGAUCCCGCGGGAGCCCCGGCCGGGCGAGUUUGAUAAGAUCAUCCUGCGGCUGCUGGAGACGCCCAACGCCCGCGCUGUCGUCAUGUUCGCCAACGAGGACGACAUCCGGCGGAUCCUGAGUGCUGCCAAGCGGAACAACCAGACAGGUCACUUCCUGUGGGUGGGGUCAGACAGCUGGGGCUCUAAGAUCUCCCCGGUGCUGCAGCAGGAGAGAGUGGCAGAGGGGGCGGUGACCAUCCUGCCCCGGAGAGCCUCUGUGGACGCCUUUGACAGGUACUUCCGCAGUCGCUCCCUGUCCAAUAACAGGAGGAACGUGUGGUUCGCUGAGUUCUGGGAGGAGAACUUCAACUGCAAGCUGGGCUCCCAUGGCAAGCGCCCGGCCAGCCCCAAGAAAUGCACAGGGCUGGAGAAGGUGGGCCGGGACUCCAGCUACGAGCAGGAGGGGAAGGUGCAGUUUGUGAUGGACGCGGUGUACGCCAUGGCCCACGCCCUGCACCGCAUGCACCGGGACCUGUGUGGGGGCGUGCCCGGCCUCUGCGCCCGCAUGAGCGGCAUCGACGGCAAGGAGCUGCUCCGCUACAUCCGCGCGGUCAGCUUCAACGGAAGUGCCGGGACGCCCGUGGUGUUCAACGAGAACGGCGACGCCCCGGGCCGGUAUGACAUCUUCCAGUACCAGAUCAGAAACGGGUCAGCACCGGAGUACAAGGCCAUCGGCCGCUGGACCAACCAGCUGCACUUAAACCUGAGGGCCAUGCGCUGGGCGGGCGUGGGGCCCCGGGCCCCGGGCUCCGUGUGCAGCGUGCCGUGCGGACCGGGGGAGCGUAAGAAGCGGGUGAAGGGCGUGCCCUGCUGCUGGCACUGCGAGCGCUGCGAGGGCUACCACUACCAGGCGGGCGAGCAGAGCUGCGAGCUGUGCCCCUACGAGCAGCGGCCCUCGCCCAACCGCACCGGCUGCCAGCCCAUCCCCAUCGUCCGGCUGCAGUGGCACUCGCCCUGGGCCGCCCUGCCCGUCUUCCUCUCCGCGCUGGGCAUCCUGGCCACCUCGGUGGCCGUGGCGGCGUUCGUGCGGCACAACGACACGCCCAUCGUGCGCGCCUCGGGCCGCGAGCUGAGCUACGUGCUGCUGACGGGCAUCUUCCUGUGCUACGCCGCCACCUUCCCCAUGAUCGCCGCCCCGGGCGUGGCCGUGUGCUCCCUCCGCCGCGUGCUCCUGGGCCUGGGCAUGUGCUUCAGCUACGCCGCGCUCUUCACCAAGACCAACCGCAUCCACCGCAUCUUCCGGCAGGGCCAGCGCUCCGUGGCCGCGCCCCGCUUCAUCAGCCCCGCCUCGCAGCUGGCCAUCACCUCCAGCCUGAUCUCCGUGCAGCUGCUGGGCGUGCUGGUGUGGUUCGCGCUGGACCCGCCCCACCCCGUGGUGGACUUCAGCGAGCAGCGGUCCCAGGACCCGGCCGCGGCGCGCGGCGUGCUCAAGUGCGACAUCUCCGACCUGUCACUCAUCUGCUCGCUGGGCUACAGCAUCCUGCUGAUGGUCACGUGCACCGUGUACGCCAUCAAGACGCGCGGCGUGCCCGAGACCUUCAACGAGGCCAAGCCCAUCGGCUUCACCAUGUACACCACCUGCAUCGUCUGGCUGGCCUUCAUCCCCAUCUUCUUCGGCACCGCGCAGUCCGCAGAGAGGAUGUACAUCCAGACCACCACCCUGACGGUGUCGCUGAGCCUGAGUGCGUCGGUGUCCCUGGGCAUGCUCUACAUGCCCAAGGUGUACGUCAUCCUGUUCCACCCGGAGCAGAACGUGCCCAAACGCAAGCGCAGCUUCAAGGCCAUCGUCACGGCAGCCACCAUGUCCGGAAAACUCGCGCACAAGGGCGGCGACCGCCCCAACGGGGAGGCCAAGACCGAGCUGUACGAGAGCAUGGAGACCAACCCCUCCUCAGCCAAGACGACGUACAUCAGCUACAGCAAUCACGCCAACUGAGGCGCGCUGGGAGAGAGGGCCACCAGGGGGCGCUGCAUGAGCAACUUUUACCUUUCCGCGCCAGCGACCAACGCCCCACGACCAGCGGGCAUCGCCAGCGACCAACGCCCCACGACCAGCGGGCAUCGCCAACGGCCAACGCCCAACGGCAGAGAGGCCCGGUCAAGGGCAGCGCAUCCCGCCCUGAGGCCGCUUCUCCCAGGCCACGGUUCCACAGGGAAUCUUUUUUACACAUCUAACAAACAACAACAAUAAAUAAAAAAAACUGAGUCCGGU